CCAAGGUGGUCACAGAACCGUCAAACACACCAAGCAGGGUGUGUGUGCGUCAGGCAGCAGUGACCUCAACCAGCAGAAAAAGGCACAAGUUACUGAAAAGGAGGCCACAGAGGAAACACUGCUGGCGUACGAUAGCCGAGCCGCUAGCUCUACUGAAGACCACAACAGUCAGAGCCGCCAGGAGGUGACAAGAGCUCAGCCAGGAGGCACCAGACAAAAUGUUUAUCAAAAAUGACAACCUCCAAAAGCCCCGGCGCCACCUUGAGUUCUUUCUGCCGAGUCGGCCCUACAGGGGGGAGCCGCCGACAGUGGCAGGAUUUCUCCUCUACCCGGACGCUCCCGCUAAGAUGGAGACCACAUCACGAGAAGCGUUCUGCUUGAAACAACUCUCACAACGAGACAGAGGCAAAGGAGACCUGCAUGUCAACCCGAACACACGGCAGGAAUUCCAUCUGUGUCCUCCCACAUCCUCACGGAAAGCAGGAAGAGGAAACGGCAGCAAGGACUGUGAACCGGGGGAGGACGAGCAAGAAGGCAACAACGACCGGACAAAAGAACAAGACGCGGAAGAGAUGCAGUCUCAGUAUCAGAAGGAUUUUCCUCCUCCGUCCUGCUGCCGCGGGAGGAGAACACCAGCCCCCCCGCAGGCAGACAACAUCGGCAUCAACCCGGCCUUCAGGAUCGACUUCAGCACAGUGCAAAGAGAGACUUUCCCUGGUUGGCCCGCCGUGAAUCCCAGUUGUGCUGCGCGGCUGAGGAGGCUUCAUCCAGACAAUCAAAAAAGGAAUAAAUAAAUGUCAAACGUG